AUGGAACAAUUCCCAAAAGACAAAGUUUACGAAAUCAACAUGAAGGACAUAGAAAAUGUGGCAAACAGUCUUUACGUGAGAGACUAUUACUUAAAAGACUUUAAAUACUUAAGCCCUGACGUUAUAAAUAUGAAAACAAAUAAAGUGUUUACUAAAGUAGAAACUGAUGGUUUUUGUAAGAAAGUGGACUGCAGACAUAUUAUAAGAAAAUGGUUUAAUGAAGUAAUGGAAGGAUGGAAACAGUUCUUGUAUGAAGGAUCCUUGCAUGGAGUUAAGUACAUCUUCGAACCUACCUUCAGUCGCAAAGAACGCGUCACCUGGAUAAUAAUAGUCGUCAUCAGCAUUUUCAUCUGCACUGGCGUUAUCAUCCAGUUGUUCUCAAAAUCCUCUUCCACACCUUUCGUUAAUGUAAUAGAUUCCUUGCCUACUCCUAUUUGGGCAGUGCCGUUUCCAAGUGUGGUGAUCUGUCCACAUUUGCAUGUCCAGCUGUCUUAUAAGAACGUAACUGAGCUUGAAGACUUACAGAAGUUCUUCGCAUCACGUAUAUGUCCACAAAUGAUGAGAGACAGCAUCGUAAAGGAGGGACGAUUAUCUUCCGAUGAAAUUCAUAUGCUGCAAGAUUUCAUUGUUAAGGCAUCCCCAAAAUGUAAAGACGUGGUGAAGCUGUGUCAUUGGCGUAGCAUUGACCAGCACACACACUGGAAAUCUGAAGAGUGCUGCGACACUUUCUUCAAAUCUAUUUUUACUAACUACGGCCUUUGCUUUACUUUCAAUAGCUUACCCCUUAAUGGAAUGUCUAACGAAACCAUACACUGGCAACAAUCGUUUAGUCCAAACGUGACUCCAGCCAAAAUUAAGUGGAAUCUGGACGAUGGGUAUCCUAAGGUUUUCCCUCCAGAUCAGACGACGCUUCCAUUUCGGGUUAUGGCGUCUGGAGAAACCAAUGGUUUGGGUUUGGACCUCUUUUUAAACACCAGCGAACAUCAAUUUGCUUGUGAUGGUAGUAGCAUAGGUUUCAAUGUAAUAAUUAGAUCUCCUACAGACCACGUGUACACUAGCACAGUUCUUCGUCUACCCAUGGAGAGAAUGACAACAAUCGAAGUGAACCCUAUCACAUAUAAAACAGAUGCCAAUCUUCGACAACUGUCGCCAGAUAGACGGCAAUGUUUCUUUCAGAACGAAAGAAAACUCUUCUACUAUGAAUUUUAUACAGAUAGCAAUUGUAAAUUUGAUUUACUUCUAAGGGAAGCUGUCAAAGUGUGUAAAUGUGUACUAUAUAAUUGGCCUAGAAAAUUUGUCUCGGAUCCAGUUUGCUCGACUGCCGUGGAUUUUAACUGUAUAAACAGUGUCAAAGCAAAAGUAGAAGAGCAGUUGAUCUAUGCGUAUUACGACGACAGCGAGGAACAAAGAAAGCCUAAGUCGACUUCCACUUCGUGCCAUCCGUCUUGCAAUGACUUCAUGUAUUCCAGCCAAGUUUUUUAUUCGGAUCUGAUUAAAGAACCGGGGAAUGAAGCACCAGAGUGGGGCAGACCUAAGCCGGGAGAAGUGACCCGCAUGAAUGUCCACUUCUAUGAAGAUAUGUUCCUGGGUCAACACCGGCACGCACAGUAUGACGAUUACUACUUCAUUGGAGCGAUCGGCGGUCUUCUAAGUUUGUUUCUUGGCUUCAGUAUCAUCAGCGUUGCCGAGCUACUGUACUUCGUGGUGCUGAGACCAGUUCAUGCCGCUUUAAAAGAGACUUUUUGUCAACCGUAG